UCGGGCGGCGGGGGCGGGGCCGGGGUGGUGCCAGGCUGCAGCGGGCCGGGCAAGAUGGCUGCCGUGGAGGCCGAGACGGCGCCGCUGACCCUGGAGUCGCUGCCCACCGACCCCCUUUUGCUCAUCUUAUCCUUCGUCGACUACAGGGACCUGAUCAAUUGUUGCUAUGUCAGUCGGAGACUUAGCCAACUUUCAACUCAUGAUCCAUUGUGGAGAAGACAUUGCAAAAAAUACUGGCUGAUAACUGAGGAAGAGAAAUCCCGGAAGAAUCAGUGCUGGAAAUCUCUCUUCAUAGCUACUUACUCAGAUGUAGGAAGAUACAUUAACCAUUAUGCUGCUAUUAAAAAGGCCUGGGAUGACCUCAAGAAGUACUUGGAGCCCAGGUGUCCUCGGAUGGUUUUAUCUCUGAAAGAAGGUGCACGUGAGGAAGACCUGGAUGCUGUGGAAGCUCAGAUUGGGUGCAAGCUCCCUGAUGAUUAUCGCUGUUCAUACCGGAUUCACAAUGGGCAGAAGUUAGUGGUUCCAGGGUUGCUCGGAAGUAUGGCACUGUCAAAUCACUACCGCUCUGAAGAUUUACUAGAUGUUGAUACUGCUGCUGGAGGAUUUCAGCAGAGACAAGGACUGAAAUACUGCCUCCCUUUAACCUUUUGCAUACAUACGGGCUUGAGUCAGUACAUAGCCGUGGAAGCUGCAGAGGGCCGAAAUAAAAAUGAAGUGUUCUACCAAUGUCCAGACCAAGUGGCUCGGAAUCCUGCUGCUAUUGACAUGUUUAUCAUAGGUGCUACUUUUACUGACUGGUUUACAUCCUAUGUCAACAAUGUUGUAUCAGGUGGUUAUCCCAUCAUCAGAGACCAGAUUUUCAGAUAUAUUCAUGACCCAGAAUGUGUAGCAACAACUGGAGAUAUUACAGUUUCAGUGUCCACAUCAUUCCUGCCAGAACUCAGCUCUGUACACCCACCACACUAUUUCUUCACAUACCGAAUCAGGAUUGAAAUGUCAAGGGAGGCACUUCCAGAAAAGGCCUGUCAGCUGGACAGUCGCUACUGGAGGAUAACAAAUGCUAAAGGGGAUGUGGAAGAAGUUCAAGGACCUGGAGUAGUUGGCGAAUUUCCAAUUAUUAGCCCAGGUCGGAUAUACGAAUACACAAGCUGCACCACAUUUUCUACAACAUCCGGCUAUAUGGAAGGGUAUUAUACCUUCCAUUUUCUCUACUUUAAGGACAAGGUCUUUAAUGUUGCCAUCCCCCGAUUCCACAUGUCAUGUCCAACAUUCAGGGUGUCUAUAGCCCGACUGGAAAUGGGUCCUGAUGAGUAUGAAGAGAUGGAAGAGGAAGCUGAGGAGGAGGAAGAAAAUGACUCAGCAGAGAUGGACGAAUCAGAGGACUCAGAUGAGGAUGAGAAUGAGUCAGAUGAGGUUCAAGGGGAGGAGAGACGGAGGAGGGUCUUUGAUGUUCCCAUCCGCAGACGCCGCUGCUCGCGUCUGUUUUAGCUGCUGUGGAAGGAAAUGCUGGGAUGACUAUUCUGUUAAAUAGAUUUGUCAAUAAUGUAAAUAACUGUGCUCAGCAUAUAGCAGAACUAGCAUGAAAUUGUGUACCAGACCUGCGUUGUACACGUCACUACAUUAGGAGUUGGAUCGCUUUGGGUUGUUUCAUAGGUAGAGGAAGAAAUGGGAAUCUUGUUUUCUCUUCCAGGAGGAAGUGGAAGAGUGGGUCUAUAACUAAAGAACAGAUGUUUCUUUGUUUAAAAAUAUUUUCUUCUUAAAAAAAAACACAAAAGUGAAGGAAAAAUUGUUUUGGAUGAGGAUUUGACAUGUGGCAGAAAUACACAAACAAGCAUAGAAAGAAACUGUGAAAAGAUCCCUUUUUAGUUGUUUAGAAACUAACAAAAUUUGUAAUUAGCUUUAUCCUCUUCAUGGUUGUUAAUAUUUUAUACUCACAGGGAACUAACUGACAGUUUGAAUGGGAAUAGUUUGCUCUCUCUGUCCUUGAAUUUAGUCUUUGUCACACAAACCUUGUGUUGCAAAUUUUCAUCAUUAAUUUAAUGUCUUCAACAUAACUUUGGACUUUAAAGUUAAAGUUCUCACGCUAUGACCUUUCUCACACUAUUUACAAAUUCUUCAUUUUAAAUGUAAUUUGUUUGUAAAAGUAUGCAGAAUGUUGCUGAAGAUACUUCACAAUGUCUCACAGAGUCUAAAUUUGUAAAUACGCUUUCUGUUUUGUUUCUUUAUAUACAUUUGUCUAACUUUGUGGUAAGUGAUCUGAAUUUUAUGUUAGGGUUAAGGCUAUUUUCCUGAAACAUGAAAAUUGUUUUUUGUAAUUACAUAAUUGAGAGUUUGGAAUGAAAUCCUUCAAGUGUCAAAAACUCAUACUUUAAAAACGAUUUUGUGUAAGUGCCUAUUUCCCAAAAACUUAGUAUUAAGACUAAGAGAUGGUAAUGGUAUUUGUUGGCUUACAGCCAGAGUGCAGUAUGUCCAUUCUGAGUUGUCUGCUGGCUUUGAUUAUGCUCUCUUUGUUCUCCACCAAUUUUCCUCUUAAACAGUUCUCUCAUGGAGACAAUUUAGGAAGAGAGAGCCAUAAUCAAGGCUAAGUGCCCCCUCUAAGGGACCAUGAGCAAACUUGCUGCUUUACGAUGACAAGUCAGAAUAUUUUGAGUCAUUUUCCUACUUAUUUUUCUUUUUUUUUUUUUUUUUCGGGGGGUUUUUUUGAGACAGGGUUUCUCUGUGGUUUUGGAGCCUGUCUUGGAACUAACUCUUGUAGACCAGGCUGGUCUCGAACUCACAAAGAUCCGCCUGCCUCUGCCUCCCGAGUGCUGGGAUUAAAGGCGUGCGCCACCACCGCCGGGCUUCCUACUUAUUUUUCAUAAAACGCUACAGUCUCCUGAUGUUUCAACAACAGAAGCCAACAGUAACCUCAUCUGGUGUACAUCACAUCUAUUGAAUGUGUCAUUUUCUCUUGUGUUUGAUUAAAUCUCAUGUUUUAUUUGU